AUGUGGUUCAACCAUGGAACAUAAAAGAAAGCGAAUUUCCUUGAAUUGCUUUAAAAUAGAAAGAAAUAUCAAGGAGUAUGAUUCACUGAAGCAACAUAAAAGAAGGAAAACUUCAAAAAACAAUUUUCAUGUGACCUUUGAUACACCUAUAGAAAAUAAUUGUGAGGAAAAAGAAAUAUUAAGCCCGUUCCAAAAGAUUACUGAAAAUAAAGUAGGUGGCAAUUUAAAUAAAUUUAGAGGGUGUAGGAUGGGUGGCGGCGCAGAGUUCUGUAAGAAUCAUUUAAUUUCCAAUUUUAAUAACAAAGUGCCCAGAAUGAACUUAUACAAAAAUGCCAAAUUCGAUGCAAAAAAUGUGAAAAGAAGAUUAGAUGCAUGUAUCGUUGAAUUGAAUGGAAUAAUUGAGGAUAUUUCUUUGAUCUUCCCCGAAACAGAUAUUGUAGAAGAUUUAAAAAAAUAAAACACUUGAAAGAAGAAAAAAAGAAAUAAAUUUUGGAUAUUAAAUAAUGCAACCAAAUUAAAGUUUAUUAAUCAAAGGAACACUAAAUUUUCCUUUUUUAAAUAAAAUAUUAGGGAAUUUCGUUGCAUCAAUAGUGCAGGUGUAAUCGCGCGUGAAUGUAACACAGCUACCAUGAUCGUUAAUAAAAGCGCAUAUGUUGUCACGCGGUGCAUUCAUAUCAAAUCAAAGUAAUCUCGGUACGCUUCAAGAUGCACGAGCGAUUGCUGUUCACCGAGGUUUACGGGAACGAGAAAGAGCGAUUCAUUGUCAAAUCAAAAGAUGAGCAAUCGAUAACCGAACUGUUAUCAGACACAACUAGAACGAAGCCUUUUUAUUCUGGUUUUCUAUCGAUUGUGAAAGAGGUAUUUUUACCUCAAGGAUAUCCCGACAGCGUUCACCCUGAUUAUACUGCUUAUCAGAUAUGGGACACUGUACAGGCAUUUGCAAGCACCAUCAUGGGUACUCUUACAACACAUUCCAUUAUGCAGGGGGUAGGUGUAGGCGAAGCUGCAGCAACCCCUUUGGCAGCAGCAAUAACAUGGGUCCUGAAAGAUGGAACUGGAAUGAUUGGUCGUAUUAUAUUCGCAUGGUGGAAUGGGACAGACUUAGAUGGACAGUGCAAGAAAUGGAGACUGUUUGCUGACAUUCUGAAUGAUUUAGCAAUGGGAUUAGAAUUACUCUUACCUUAUUUCUCCUCUUAUUCGCUUGCAAUAUUGUGCAUUUCAACAGCAAUGAAAUCAGUUGUUGGUGUUGCUGGUGGGGCCACAAGAGCAGCACUCACACAACAUCAGGCAUUACAAAAUAAUUUAGCAGAUGUAUCAGCCAAAGAUGGAAGUCAAGAGACAUGUGUAAAUUUAAUAGCAUCUUUAGUUGGUAUUUUAAUACUUUCCAUCUUUCAUAGCAGCUGGUACGCAAUGGAACUCUAUUUCUUCCUGGUAAUAGUACAUUUAUACGCGAAUUAUUCGGCUGUGAAAUCACUGUGUUUAAAUUCGUUAAACGAAGAUCGUUUAGCUUUAAUAGUAAAGGGUUACAUUACGAACGAAGUCAUUCCCGAGCCUGAAGAUGUUAAUAAUAAGGAGUCAGUGUUCUUGCUCACAAAACCUACAAUGAGUAUAUGCGGGUUUAAUAUAAAAAUGGGGGUCUCCCUUGCUGGUCUUAUAAAAAAUAAUAUAAUUUCGACGAGCGAUACCGAACUAUCGUUAAAACUUUUCUUAGAUAGAAAAUACUUGAUUGCUAUUGAUGUACAGAAUAAAACUAUUUUUAUAUGUUUUAAAAAAGAUGCGCAACCCUGUGAUGUUUUGGAAGCAUAUUUUCAUGCUUGUCUUUGUGGCUUAUUUAUUUGUAUGUCACUGAAAGUGCCACUCGAUCUUUUCUUAAAACCGGAAGUAAGCGAUAUGUCGUACCCUUUAAUGCGGCUUUACGUACUUAACAAAAAGUAUUCGACGGAAAAUAAUGGUAUGCAUUCGUCGAAAUCCAUAGAGAGUAUAUACGCUACGAACUUGUUAAUUUCUUGUGAAUACAAAGCAUUUAUUAGUGGCCUUGAAAGUAAAGGAUGGAUGACAGAAAGUAAUCUGUUACCAGUAGCAGGCUGGAGAUUUUUAUAAAAAUCGAAAAAAAUGGUAAAAGCAAAAGCAUAAACAUUAAAUAUUAAAUAAUUGUUGCUCUUUCCUCGAUAUUAUUUAUCUUGAUAAAAUUUUAUAAUUCAAAUGAUUUUAUUUGCAUAUCUUGUAAUUAUCUGUUGGCAAUGAGAUAAAAUGAUCUAUAAAUAUUUUCUUAUAAA